AUGGCGAGUUCUGAGGGGCAUCCCGUUGAUAAUGACAAUCUUGUGGACAAUGAUUUUGAGGAAGAUUUGUUUGAUGACAUCGCAGAACAGCAUAUACAGUCUUCAAAUGAGCUCAAAGUGGUGGAUCGCUCUGAUGUGCUUGACAGAGAAUCUCGCAAAAGAACCGCUCCUGUUUAUGUUCCUUAUGAUGAAUUUCCACACAAAAGGUUUAAGCAGAACAUUGAGAUCCAAGAUGUAGUAAUGGAUCAUGCUCUUUAUUUCCUCCCUGCCAAGUCGCUUUGCAGAUUCAAAACUGUUAGCAAGGAGUGGGAUAAGUUGAUUAACAAACCCUUUUUCGCCCACCAGCAAACUCACUCCUUCCGAGACAUCUCUGGUCUUUUUUGUCAACUCCCUGGUGAUAAGCCUUCCUUCAUCUCACUUGAUAGAAAUGCUUAUGGCAUUCCUAGUCCAUCCCUCCGUUUCUUGCCUCAGCCUGUUACUAUCAGAACUGCUUGCAAGGGUCUGCUCUGCUGCCAAAACAGUUUUGAACAAAAUAGAUACUAUAUUUGUAACCCUGUGAAUGAGGAAUGGAAAGUGCUUCCAGAACCAAUCCUUUAUCAUGGACCUGAUCAAUCAGCCUUGGCACUAGCCUUUGAGCCUUCAGCACUAAACUUUGCAGCACAUUUUGAACUUGUGUGUGCAGUUUCUCUAUGUUUAACUGAUGAACCAGUUAUCCGUUUUGAGAUUUACUCUUCAAGGUCAAGCUCCUGGAGACUCGCUGAGACUAUGUGUUCUGAGGUAGAUGCCUUGAAGUUGACUGGGGAUGGAAUCUUUCUGAAGGGUGUAGUCUUUUGGGAAACUUUUGCUGGGGCCAUUCUGGCUUUUGACUUGAAGGAGGAGCACUAUGGAAUUCUGUCACUCCCUCCCAACAGUGGACUGAAAGGAGUUUUAACAGAGAUGCGUGGUGAACUGUGCUAUAUUCUUCCUGUUAGAGAAGGCAAUGAUUACACCUUGGAAAUCUAUGGUGAUUUGGAUAUGAAUCUCAAGCAUAUAGUUCUUCUUGAUCUUGGUUUUCUUUCUCGUGCUCAACUUGGUUUUGUUUCACGUGCUCAUCGUGGUUUGCUAAGGGUUCUGGCUUGUGUGAAAGAUGAUACUGUAAUAAUCCUUGUCGAAGAUAGAGUGAUUGCUUAUAAUAUGAAAUCUUGGACGGUUCAAACUCUAAGGCAUAACGUGAUUGGUGCUUACAGUGCGGAUUACAAUGCUGGAUUUGCAAAGUAUCUUCCUUAUGUGAACAGCCUCGUUCAUGUACGUUCAUCAUACUUAACGAGCCUCCUAUCUGAAGAUCCUAGUUCCUCUUAUUCCUAUCUGGAGUCUCUCUGA